GGGCCACAGGUGUGUCAUCACAGCUUAGAUGACACGCGCAGGAUGAGAGGACGUGGCGCAGUCUUAAUGGAUUCUCAUACAAUCCGUUCUCAGCUGCUGCCUCCAAGUCGCAGAUGAACGAGCAUGCGGUGCUUCGACGGGAACACAUGGCUCCGGAGCGGAACUUCGUCAUGUCGGUCUCUCGUCACCUCUACCACCACGGCCACCGCGGACCGACAUGUGGUGAGUCUGUUGCUUGCAUAGGAGACGCCCGGAUGCCACGGCCACUGUGGCAAGGCUGUUCCGCCUGCACUCGGAGCUCGACAGAACCGCAACACAACGGCCACGCGUACAACUCCUUCUCGUGCGUGAGCGGCAUGCACAGCUGCGAUUUGGCCAUACUCACUGCAGCAAUCAACGACGAGCCUGCCGAAAAGAGAUCACGCUCUGCCACAUGGACGCCCGCAAUCAAACACGCGAAGGUGGCGGACGUGCAGUGCCUCACCCAGGCACCGAUUGACGGCCCAGGAAAGAAGACGCGAGGCACGCAUGAGCACCACGCAUGUUCCAUACAACUGGAGCUUUGCCAUGCUAUGAUCUUCACAAUAACUGCCCUCCGGCGUAGCAGCUGCGUCCACUCGACACAGCGGACGUCCGUCCUGCAGCCUGUGAGCGAAACACGUCUGGAAUCACCCGCUUGGCGUUCGCCAAACAUGCCCGUGCCAGCGCCGCCUGCAGCCCUUCGCCGGCGAGAACCUCUCUUGUUGUUGCUCGCUGCCCGCCCACGAACCUCGCUCUUGGCCCUGCAUUCGUGAGCUUCCGACGCCAUUGUUGUCGAUCCUCUACCAAACUCCACCCCAACACCUCGUGCUCAAAGAUGAUCUCCUGCCUCCUCCUACUAAUGCCCUCUUCCUCUGCAUUCUUGAGCGUGCUCUUCACCAACAGACAGAGUUUGACUUCCAUAUCGCUACAUCCCACUGGGCCAUCUUGCGCAACUGCAAAUACCCGGUAGUCGGGACAUAUGCAACACUGACCGCAUAGCGUGCAAAAAGGAAUGUUGGUCUUUCAACAACACGAGCCACUACCACACCGACCGCACGCAAGUAGCGCCGAAUCAAUCUCGAAGCCUUUGACUACAAUAUCCGACCCAUUUGUAUUCGUGCCCAUCUCUGGAUCAGAGGCCGCAACAGGUCGAGGCGCCGCGAAAAGAAUCGUCAGGGCUCAUGUUACGCGUGUGCAGCACGAAAGAAAUGGCGACUUCAAUAUUGGUCAGGACCUGCAGAGCUGGACCGUGAAGCCGUAUCAGCCUUCGGCUGCAAACACGAAGAAGAAGCGAACGACCAAGCGUGCGGUAGAGACUCUCAAGCGGAACGAAUCAUCCUCGGACUCUUCCUCAGGCUUGAGCGUCAUUACAAAACGCUCGUCAAGUUCGCUCUCCCUCCCAUCUGGAGGAGCUUUCGACGAUCCCUUUUGGACGUUCCCGGUUGAUCGUCAACCAGAGCUGUCUCCCAUAUUUGCCCACUACAUACAGAAUGUGGCCGUCGAAAUCGCUGACAUCGACGGACCUAGCGCCAAAGGUCUCUUGCGUAGAGUCUGGUUUCCGAUGUGCAUGACGUCUGCAGCUGCCAUGUAUGCUGUACUGCUCAUGGCCGCAUCCCAUUACUGCAUCAUGGACCCUCAUCAAGCAUCACGAGUCAACUUACUCGCGCUCAAAGCACGGGCUUUGUCCGAAAUCAACGUUGAACUAAGGAAACCAGAUGUCUCCAUAAAUGACGGCGUGGUAGGCGCUGUCGCGAAAAUGGCUGCCUAUGAAGCUAUUUUCGGCGAUUCAGAUACGUUCUCUGCACACAUGCGAGGCCUCCAAAUGAUGCUGAAGGUACGAGGAGGCUUAUCCACGUUGGGCUUGAAUGGACUUCUAGAACGAAUGGUCGUCUGGAUUGACCUGAAUGCUUGCCACUUGACCGGAAAGGCUGUGCAUUUUGGCAACGAGGAUUAUCCGACUAUCGUCUCCUUUGCAGCACCGGAUCCUUACCACUUUGCCGGAAUUCAAUGAGCUUGCAUUCAAAUACUUUCAGCAGCGAAUAUAGCGAUCUUCUGGAGCGGGAAUAGAUUAGAAGUGUUGCGGAAUGUUCUUCACGAUGCACUAGCGCGAGCGAUCAGCACGACCGAUGCCAACCACACCUCCCACCAUCUGCAAACACCCGCGAUCACACUUUCCACAUCGCAAACACGAUUCCCCGUCCAUUUACGUCAACUCACGUUUCAAAGCUGUCACUCCACAUCUCCCGAACCCAGCCUUGCAGAUAUUGCGCACGAAAUUCAGCAAGACCCUU